AUGUAUCAGUUUUCUCAGCGACAUAAUACUGAACUACAAGAAGUAUAUAAGGAUCGUAUACGAGUAGUUCGUGAACGAGCUCAACAAGAAUUAGACAACAAAGUAGUCGAAGCAAAUAAAUAUAUAAAAGUAAAGAAACAGGAUCAUCAGCAAGGCAUCAUGGAAAAAACAUCAUCAGGAACACCGAAAGAGAGCACAGAUCCACACACAUUUGUUACCAGUUUGACAAGUUCGACUCCGGUUGUUGUUUUCAGCAAAACAUAUUGUCCAUAUUGCAGAAAUGCGAAACGAGCACUAAGUACAUUUCGAUUACGGGAUAAUUCGUAUAAAAUUAUUGAAUUGGACGAAAGAGAGGACUGCGAUAAUAUCCAAGAUGCAUUACUGCAGAUAACAGGGGCUAGAUCGGUGCCACGUGUUUUUAUUGGUGGCAAAUGUAUUGGAGGUUGUGAUGACACAAUAGCCGCACAGAAAGAUGGACGUCUGGAGAAAAUGUUGAAAGAAGCCGGUGUGACUUGUUUCUAA